AUGGUGAUGGCCUACGAUGAGCAGAUCAAGCGAGACUUGUCGUCUGGCCGACUUCUAGCGCGCGAGCUUCGUAUUCUCCGAGCGGAACGCGUCAAGUGCGAUACAAUCCGUCGGGGCACGGCAGCGUACGAAGCAGCACUUGCUCGACACGAUCCGUACGCUAAGGAACUCGUUCGAGAACGCUACGGCUUCAUCCAUCGAGUGGAGUGUGCGCUGUGCACAUUCCCGUUCCUCCCAGUGAACCUGCCGCAUCGCGUGUCGUUCAAGUGCAUCAUGGACCUGCACGAGUUCUGGGGCUACACGCCGCCUCAACGCGAAGUUGCGGCUCGAUAUCGACCGCCACUUUGCUACGACGCGGUGCGUGUCUGUCGGAUGUGUGGGCCGAUCCUCUUCCAGCACACCACAGCCACGCCCAGCGUGAUCGACGAGCAACUGAGCCCGACAAUGCCUCGCGCUAGCUCACUGAGCGCUCUCAGCACCACCGGCAAAAUGUCUCCCAAGACGAAAGCUCGAGCUGCGAUAGUCGACACCGAAAGCGUCGAGCGACGGACGUUCUGUUCCGACCCGUACGCCUUACCGCCAUUGUUUGGCGACGAUUUGAUCGAGGAUGGAGAGAGCUACGGGGUCGAAGACGUGCCGAGCGAAGUGCUGCGAGGCAAUGGUGCUGGAGCAGCGCAGGAGUUCCCGGCCAAGGCAAUUGUGUACUCCCAGCAACAGACGAACACUGUGGCGUUCAUGAGCUCCAAGGAAUGGGAGAGAUGGAUGGAAACCGAAGCAUUGCAUUGA